UAAAAACAAUCAACGACCUGUCCGUUUGAGAGAGACACACAAGAGAAAAUGGAGAUGGUGGAAGUGGCAGCAGAGACGACGACAACGAUGGUAAUAGUCGGGAAGAAUGAUAAUAAGGCUACCGAGGCAAAAACGAAGCUGUCGAAGCUGUUUUGGCAUGGGGGUUCAUGUUAUGAUGCUUGGUUCAGCUGUGCUUCAAACCAGGUAGCUCAAGUUCUUCUUACACUGCCAUAUUCAUUUUCUCAAGUGGGAAUGGUGUCUGGAAUUGUUCUUCAGCUGUUGUAUGGAUUCAUGGGAAGUUGGACAGCUUAUCUCAUUACUUCACUUUAUCUUGAAUAUAGACUCAGGAAGGAGACACAAAAACCUCACUACUUUACAAACCAUGUCAUUCAGUGGUUCGAGGUUUUAGAUGGGCUACUAGGGAAGCGAUGGAGGAACGUGGGACUAGCGUUCAAUUGCACAUUUCUAUUAUUCGGGUCGGUGAUACAACUAAUAGCAUGUGCGAGCAACAUAUAUUACAUAAAUGAGAAGCUUGACAAGAGGACAUGGACGUAUAUAUUUGGAGCAUGUUGUGCUACCACUGUCUUUGUUCCUUCUUUCCAUAACUAUAGAAUUUGGUCAUUUUUGGGUCUUGCAAUGACCACUUACACUGCUUGGUAUCUUGCCAUUGCCUCCUUCCUUCAUGGCCAGGUUGAAGGAGUGAAACACUCGGGUCCGACCAAGAUGGUCCUAUAUUUCACGGGGGCCACUAACAUUCUGUACACAUUUGGGGGACAUGCUGUCACAGUGGAAAUAAUGCAUGCAAUGUGGAAGCCAGAGAAGUUUAAAGGGAUAUAUUUGAUGGCUACGGUGUAUGUGUUGACAUUGACACUUCCAUCAGCGGCGGCUGUUUAUUGGGCAUUUGGAGAUUUGCUUCUUAACCAUUCUAAUGCUUUUGCUCUUCUCCCUAAAUCCCCCUUUAGAGAUUUGGCUGUUGUUUUAAUGCUCAUUCAUCAGUUCAUAACAUUUGGAUUUGCAUGCACACCAUUAUAUUUCGUAUGGGAGAAAACAAUAGGGAUGCACAAAUGCAAGAGUUUAUGCAAACGAGCCGCAGCUAGAUUGCCUGUGGUCAUUCCCAUAUGGUUUUUAGCCAUUGUCUUUCCUUUUUUCGGCCCCAUCAACUCCGCCGUCGGUUCACUCCUCGUUAGCUUCACUGUCUACAUCAUCCCUGCCCUUGCCCACAUGUUUACCUUCAAGUCCCCUACAGCUAGAGUGAAUGCUGUGGAGCAACCACCAAAAUUUGUGGGUAGGUGGGUGGGGACCUAUACGAUUAAUGUGUUCGUAGUAGUAUGGGUUUUGGUUGUAGGGUUCGGCUUCGGCGGGUGGGCAAGCAUGACCAACUUUAUACGACAGAUUGACAAUUUUGGCCUCUUUGCCAAAUGUUAUCAAUGCCCACCUCCUUUGCCUCCGCAACAACAUAACUUCACGGUGGCACCGCCUCCUCUCCACCAUCAUUACCACCAUUGACCGUCGUCUUUUCAACGUUUCGGCUUUUUUUUUUUUUUUUUUUUGGGUGAUGAGAGAGAUCUAUAGAUGGAUUAAAUUAAGUAUGCAAUUAUUUUCUGUUUUUGAUGGAAAUUUAAUAAAAUUUGGGGAGAACUAUAGGGUAAACUAGUCUUUUGGAGUGUGGCCCAAGAAGGAAUUUCAAUGUUAUUUGUGAUAUUCAAUGAUGAUGAGAUGAUACUGAAUUGAAUUAAAUUUU